CUCUCUCUCGCUCGGUCUCUCGCUCGCUGUGAGCUUGCAGCCUUGGCUAGGUUAGUGUUUUGGGGGACUCAUCGUUGUUGAUGCGCGUUGCCUAGAUUGUGCACAGGAUCCCAGACAUCACCGUCUACAACAAUACAAACCCUAGGGAGCGUGAUGAGCAUGGCGGAAGGGCUGCUGCAUCGCUGGGGGAGGAGCGCGGAGGAGCUCGUGGAGACUGUGCCCGGAGGAUUGUACGUGAAAGUGGUGCCGCCUCCCGACACCAACAAGAACACUUCGUGGUUUCAGUAUCCCGGCAUUUGGACGACGUAUAUUCUGAUUAUCUUGUUCUCGUGGCUCGCCAUCGUCUCCGCGUUCCGAUGCGAUGCCGGAACCGCAUGGACUGUCGUCAACCUCGUCCACUUCGCCGUUACUUACCGAUUUUUCCAUUGGAAGAAAGGGACUCCGUUCGCUGAAGACCAAGGUGAUUAUGGGAAGCUUACAUGGUGGGAGCAAGUGGACGAUGGGCGCCAGCUCACUCGCAACCGGAAGUUUUUGACCGUCGUUCCUGUCGUCCUGUACCUGAUAGCGUCACAUACAACCGACUAUAGGAACCCAAACCUCUUCCUCAAUACGAUUGCGGUCUGCUGGUUGGUGAUUGCCAAGUUUCCGAAUAUGCACAGAGUGCGAAUAUUUGGAAUAAACUCUGAUUAUGACACAUGACCAUUGUGAAAAAAACGUCUACCAUUUGGGUGCAAUCUCUGCAUAUGGGUUCUGUUUUUUGUAGUUUCUACGUGAUAGCUCGCAAAGGAAUCCUUUGUACAGGUUAUCUCUGGCCCUAGAUCAGGAUUCAUUUUUUCUACCGUUCAUAGCAGGAUUUCUACUACAGUGGACCAGCAUAAGUUGUGUUGAGUUCUCUGCAUACUUUUUAGCUAGUACCAUAUGUGGUGCUAUAGUAAUCUUGUAAGUAUACAGUAGCUUCAAAAUUGUAGCAUAAGACAGGUCAUGUGCAAGUGGCUUGGGACCGUUUGAUUACCGCAGGGUGACAGUCCCAUGACUUCUAGCAGUCCUGAACAGCACUUCGUGAUAUACAUGAUUUAAGGACAGCUUUGUGGUAAUUCCUUCAUCGUA